CACUUUAAUGAAACUUGCGCUUUCGGUUUACUCGAUAAACAUUAGGCAUGGUAAGAACGUGUUGCGUGUUUGGAUGUACAAAUCGUGAUGACACAAAGGGAAAGGAGAAGGGACUUCACUUUUUUAGAUUCCCAAAGGAUACCAGAAAACGGCGUCUGUGGAUUAAGGCCAUCAACAGAAAGGAUUUCACACCCAGUGACCACACAUGCAUAUGCUCUGAGCAUUUUGUUUUAGGGUGGCAUAGUGAUGAUCCAGAAGAUACUAAUUAUGUCCCAACACUUUUUUCUUACAAGGAGAAGGCUGUGGAUGUAAAAAGAGUUGAGAGGAUGACAAAACGAAAUUUACAGAGGGUGUACAAUGUGAUCCAGAUCCCUUGUUACUUGAGAACAGGAAGCUCCAGUCUGAGUUGAGAAGACUGCAAGAUAGUAAAUGGUCUGUGGCAAAGAUCAAGGAUGAUGAUGCCAUGACAAAGUUUUAUACGGGACUGCCAACCUUUGCAGUUUUUUUAUGGCUCUUCAAUUAUCUGGCUCCCAAAUGUGAGAGAAUGGUAUACUGGAGAGGCAGUUCCUCAACCCCAGAAGAAAGGAGCAGAACUAGAAGGUGCAUGGCUUUGGAGCCUAUUGAUCAAUUCUUAGCAACCUUGAUGAGACUUAAGGUUGGCUUGUAUGUCCAGGACAUGGCAGAGAGAUUUGGAGUGUCAACAGGGACCUUUUCGCAAUACUUUGCAACUUGGGUGUGCCUUCUCUACAAGGAACUGAAAGAGCUUAAUCCCUUUCCAUCUAGGGAUAUUAUACAGAGAAAUAUGCCAUCAUGCUUUCAUUCUUUUUCAAAUCUUAGAGUUAUACUUGAUUGUACAGAAAUAUUUAUUCAGAGAUCUAGCAGUUUGAUUAAUCAGAAUCAGUCAUUUUCACACUACAAGCAUCAUACCACUUUAAAGUUUCUUAUUGGAAUCACUCCCUCUGGUGUUAUAUCUUUUGUUUCAGAGAGCUUUGGUGGGAAGGUGUCAGAUCGCCAGAUGAUAGAGCGAUCCCUCUUUCUUGAACUUCUGGAGGAAGGGGAUGGGGUGAUGGCAGACAAGGGUUUUACUAUACGAGAUUUGCUAGAAAAAAAGGGCUGCACUUUGAAUAUCCCACCUUUUCGUUCUUCUUCUAACCAAUUUUCUACUAAAGAUGUUUUCGAAACUCAAGAUAUUGCUAAAUUAAGAAUUCAUGUAGAAAGAGCUAUAGGUCGUGUAAAGAAUUUUCAUAUUUUUGAUGGUAUUCUUUCUCUUUCUUUAGUGCCAUUAGCGUCACAGAUGUUUGCUGUUUGCUGUUGGAUUACAAACUUUGAUGUCCCUUUGAUUGAGAAUUAGUUCUCCUUGGACAGAAUUAGUGCCUUCAUUGCCAUCUCCAUAGGAUCCUCAGAUGUCUGUACCUCCACUUCUUUUACUACUUCUGGUGUUUCAUCUGGGAUCAUCCAUAAAUGACACAUACCUGACAUUUUAAAUCAUAUAUUAAAUUUGAUCUUUUGUUUAUUGUAAGAACCUAAUAAAUACAUUCACUGUU